GAUGAUGCCUAAUAUUUGCAUUGAGAAAUUAGAUUCAGACAGUGAUUCUGAAAAUGAGGAGGUCAAAGAACUGGGAGAUACUGGCAUGAUCAAGAAGUCUAACACUCUCGGACCUGAUCCGAUCUCAAUGAAAGACCUUCCUUCAUGGAGUGCUUCAAGCUUAGAGAGCAAGAAUAGUAGUUGUAAAAGUCAAAACUUUGACGAUGAAGGAGCAGUUUCUGAGACGAGUCCAACAGGGAAAAGAUAUAUAAAACCUCUUAGGAACCUGUCUGAUACGAAAUUCUCAAUCUUGUCACUUUCCUGUAAUUUAUUAUACAAGGACCCUGACAAAAAGAAAUAUACCAUAGAAGAAGUAGCAAAGCAUGACAAGAGGGACGACUGAUGGACUAUCUUUGAUGGGAAAGUAUUUGACGUCACAAGGUAUCUCUCCAGUCACCCUGGUGGUAAAUGUAAAACAAAUUGAUGUUGGCUGCAGGAAAAGACUGCACUGCGUUAUUUAAAAAACAUCACGAUUGGGUGGAUAUUAUGAAAGUUAUUGGUUCCCUCCAGGUUGGGACGCUUGAUGAAUAAUACGGGUAAUUAGAGAAA